UCUGCAACUCAGCUGAUCGAUCAAACAAAAAAUAUUGAUACACAGGAAUUGAGGAAAAAAAUGCUGUACAUUUAGAAAGUGAAAGUACUUAGAAGCUCUCACGAAAUGGACAAGAAUCUGGAUGAGGUCAAAGGCACCGUGCAAAAGAAGUUCAAUGAAAUCCGUGCGGCGUUGCAUAUGCGGGAAAAGCUGCUCCUCCGGCAACUGGAGGUCAUAGCGAAUACCCGGCAGCAGCAGCAGUUGCUGAAGAAGUCCACCUGCGAAGUGGAGAGCCCCGAACAAAGUGGCGUGCGUUUUGUGCCCGGCGAAGGCGACGAUGCGGAGGAGAAGCUACUGACCGCCAUCCGGAGCUUCGGUCACUUCCUGCUGGACAACAGUGACAUGCAGCUGGCGCUGCAGGAUUACCGCACCACGGGCCUGAGGAACGAGGACUACAUAGAGCCAUUGGAUGACCACGAGACCAUGUACAAGUGCCUGCAGGAUGGGCAAGUAUCGUAUCUCAAUCUGGAUGAAGAAGACGCCCCACCGGAGGCCAUUGUGGUGGACUUUUCCCGCAAUAGAUCUCUGGUAGAAGACAAUGCCAAGCGCUCGAUUAUCAACAUCACCUUGCAAGAGGCCAAGGAUCUGAUAAAGAAGGCCAAGAUCAAGCGGGAAACCUAUGUGCCUCCGCUGAACCUCGAGGAACUGGACGACGAGCUGGAGUCUUCGAUAGCCGAGGCCGUUUCCAGUUUGGGACGAGAAACCUCCGCAAAAUCAAAGAGCAGCAUUCAAGAACCACCGAAAACCAAAGGCCGCAAGCAGCGCUUCAAGCCAAAGAUCACCAUCAACAAUUGCAAUGGCACCAUCAAUCUGCGCAACAUUGCCAGCCUGACCAUCAAUUGUGCCAGCGAGGAGGCGGUCAGUGCGGAGAUUCCGUUGGCCAAGUCCGCUGAUUCCAGCACCACCACCGAACCCUCGACGACCACCGCUUCCAGUUCGAACUACUCCAGCAAUGCCAGCUCCCGUUCGCAGUCCAAAAAGCAGAAGGCAGCCAAGAAGCAGGAGAAGAUUGACUCCGAUUCCACGCCCACUCCUGGACAGAGUCAACGGCACGAGGAAACGGAGAUCCACGACGUGACCUGCGACUUCUACAAUCGCCUGCUCAACGAAAUCAAGAAGAGCAUGGUGGAGAAGCCGCGCAGGACAUACCAGCAGGUGGCAGAGCCUGUUCAAGCUGCCGCAGCCGAUUCCAGUUGCGAUGCCAAUUCGAAUCCCAGGCAGGAGCCAGUUUUAACCACCACCAACACAUCGGUUACGCAGAGCGAAUCGGGACCACAACUGCAGCCGGGCAAGCGAUUGAUCCUCAAGAACUUUGAGAACCUCAAGAUCAUCCUGGAGGCAAACAGCGGCGAUGAGGACUCAUUCCAUCCCGUCCAGAUCGAACAGUGGCUGGCGGAGAUUAUCUCGGAGACGGAUUUGGAGCCCAUGCAGAACACGGAUAUCCUGGAGCACAGUCGCAUUCACAGCAGCGAGACCCCCUAAAGAUAUUCCAUCCUAUUUAUCCUUAAUGCACUCAGUAUUCUCUCUUCCUUAAUUUGUUUUUAGUUUACAUUUUAAUCUUGGCUAGUUUUGAUUUCUUAAAAGACAUGUUUUUAUAUAUUUAUACAAACUAAGAUUGGCGGAACUGGAGUUAAAGAAAUUUUAUAUUGAUCAAAUGAAAAAAUGUAUUGAUUUACAUUGAUUGAAAAUGUUUAAGCAAAAAAGUUGUGAAAAUUGUGCAUGUGCAAACAUAACUUUUUUAAUCCCAAUCCUUUUCCGCCAAGUUUUUAACUGAAAACAAAAACCUACCCUAUUAUUUUUAUGUACUUAAUGCAUUUCAUUUUGUGAUUUUUAUCCUUUCGUAAGACUUGAACUCGUACCAAUUUAGCCAGUAAGCUCCAGGCAGUGUUCAGUGCUCACCGCAGCCCAUUUGUAAAUGCAAUCAAAGAGUCCACAUUAAAGUGUUAAUUGCCAUCACAAAAUAAAAACAGCUUUCACUUGGGAUGGCUUGUCAGUGGAUCUACCGGUUCGACCGCUCGAAUUUCGCCAUGCAAUUGAAAUUCGGUUUGUACUGUGGCCCAUUAGAAUUCCAAAUCCGGACGAUUGAUAAGACCAUUAAAAUAUACAUUCUAGUUUGUGUAUGUAUAUUUGCGCGAAUGAAGCGAGGCA